AUAAAUAUGGCGGUUGCUGUGUCUGAUCAACGCUAUAGCUGCUGAAAUUAAAUUGAAAUAGGUUUCUACCGCUGUCAAUUUCGUACUUUUGACAGCGAAGAUGGCUACAACAACGAAUGAGAAUGGCAACAUCGUUGAUGAAUUUGAAGAAGCUUUUCAGGCAUGCUUAGGUGUACUGACUAAAGACGAUGCACAAAAAGUUGAAGUGGAUGAACUAAGGUCGGAAGUUGACCAAGUCAACGUGCGAUUCGUAGAUUUGGCUCGUCAGAUGGAAGCGUUCUUUUUGCAGAAAAGAUUUCUCCUCUCAGCCUUGAAACCUGAGCUCAUUGUGAAAGAAGACAUCCAAGAACUGAAAGUGGAGCUGGCUCGCAAAGACGAGCUCCUGAUGAGGCAUUAUGAAAAAAUAGCUCAAUGGCAACACCUUUUGGCUGAUCUGCAAAGUUGGGCUAAGUCGCCAGCGCAUGGCCAACCUCCUCCUGGUCAGGUGCCUCCUGGACAACAGACUCCACAACCAUCACCAAUCAUUCAGCCUGGAAUAAUGCCUAAUCAAGUUCCAGGUAUGGCACCAGGUCCCCCAAAUCCUGUGGUCUUGCAGCAGCAACAAAUGCAACAGCAGCACCUCAUGCAACAACAACAGCAGCAACAAAUGCAACAAGGUCCCCCGAUGUCACCGGCUGCAGGUCAUCCUGUCCAGCAGCAGAUGAUGUUCAUGCAAGGUCCUCCAAGAGGCCCAAUGGGCUUUCCAGGUCCAGGUGGUGCCAUGCAAGCUGGCUUGCAGGGUCCCUUGGCCUACCUGGAGAAGACCACGUCCAACAUAGGCAUGCCGGACACAAGAAGGUGACGGGGAAGGGGCAGGGGGCGCGGAAGAGGCCGAGGAAGGGGCCGCGGUGCCAACCAGCCGGGCAUCGAGUACAGCCCGCCGCAAUAGGCCCUUUCCAUUGCAUGCACGCACACGUAUCACGGGGAUGGGACCGCAAAAA